GAGGCAAUGCUGGCAAUAUAGGAAAGGAGAAAUAUCAAAAGCAAAUGGUUUUUAUGGGUUUUUUUCCUCAGGUUUACUGAGGUAUAAUUGACAAAAUUGUAAGAUAUUUGAAAUGUACACCACGGUGAUUUUAUAUGCAUAUAUAUUGCGAAAGGAUUCCUCCCAUCUAGUUAAUGAAUACCUCUAUCACCUCACAUAUUUAUAUAUGCUGGUGUUAUUUAUAGUUAGUUUUAUUCAGGUACAGUUUACAUGCACUAAAAUUCACCAGUUGCAAGUGUACAGUUUAAAGUGUUUUGAUACUCAAGAUAUAGAAUGAAAAGUUUCCUGCGUAGACAUAUGUUUUCACUUCCCUUGGGUGAAAAUACCUCAGAACGGGACUGCUGACUUGUGUGGUAAGCAUACGCUUUAUAAGAAACUGCCAACCUGUUGUCCGAAGUGGCUUAAUCAUUUUGCGUGACGCUCUUUUCUUGGCACCUUUUAGAAGUUUCUUUGUCUACCUCUUCACUCCCUCCACUCCUCAAAACUGCUCCUGGGCCUUAGAGUGCAUAUCAAUCUUGAAUCAAAGACAAGGCCAGAGUUUGUACAUUGAGGAAGAAGAGCAGGACUAGAGGAAGGUGGACUGGGUAUAGCCACAUGACUACUAGAGGUGGGGGACAUAAGAGUGAGAAAGAUCCUUCCAGAAGGAUUAUUGGAACCUCAGGUUGUUCUUCCUAUGCCUACAGUGGUACUGAUACCUUCAGGUUGCUUGAAGCUAACCACAACUUACAAAGCACUUGUGCAUACAUUAGAUUUGAUCCUAACAAUAAUUCUAUAAAGCACAUGUAUUAUUACUAUUCCCAUUUUACAGAUGAUGAAACAGGAUUCAGAAAGUGUAUGUGACUUACCCAAGGUCACACUGCUACUUAGUAACAGAGCCAGGAUUAGGCCUUGAGUUUCCUGACCAUUACCCCAGGACUUUAUCUGCUAGUAAUGAUAAUAGUCACCAUGUAUUGAUCCCUGGUACUGAACUAGGGCUUCUGCAUGGCCUCCACAUUAUGUACUAUUAUUCCCAUUUUCCAGAUGAGUCAUUUCAAUGACUUGCCCAUGAUUGUGUAGCCAGUAGCUAGCUGGAUUGGAAUGGACCCAGAACCUCUGACCGCAGGUCCUGUGCUCUUUCCUGUUCUUCAUGCCGGAGACACGAAUGUUCCUUUUUUUAAUGGCAGAGAGAAGAGGAGAAGCUAGAGAGCAUGCAGUGCUGGGAAUGAGCCACAGUGUCUUAGCAAACUGUCUUGCCACUUCUUUUUCAGUUGAUACUAGGUUUUAAAUCUGCAGCCUCUUCACUUUGAAUGUCUUACAUCUUUAUUAUCAGGCUUUACACUCAUGCUCUUUGUCCCCAGAGAAUAAACCUGCUUAUUCCUGCUUCUGUGAUCUGUGUCAUAGAUACAGUUCCAAGCUGGGUCUAACAUUGGCUUGACUGUUUUGCCUCCCCUUCUGACAUUUUUCCCCAUUUCCCUCCCUCUCUCUUUUCUCUACCCCUCCUCUCUACCCCUUUCUUGCUGUCUUUCUUGCUUCUGCUUCAGUCAGAAUAUCAUCUGCCUUUCCUUAGGCUCCUUUGUUCCCAUAGACUACUUUGCAUAUCUGUAAAUAUGCCAUUUAAAGGUAGUUAAAGCAAGUUUCAGAGCCGUUCUAGUAAUGUUUCAGUUUUUUAUCAUUAGAGUGAAAAUAUGAAACUCAGUAUUUUUCAUCAUAAAUACACUAUUAUUUUUUAAAUUAAUUUUGUGUUUAUUUUGAGAGAGCAUGAGCAGAGGAGAGGGGUAGAGGGAGAGACAGAGAGACAGAGAGAGAGAGAAUCCCAAGCAGGCUCCACACUCAGUGCAGAGCCUGAUGUGGGGCUCAAACGCACGAACCGUGAGAUCAUGACCUGAGCUCAAAUCAAUAGUAGGACGCUUAACUGACCGGGCAACCCAGGCACCCCUUAAAUUAAUUUUUUAAAUGUAAAAAUAUAAAGUAGAUGUUGUCACGAGCUAUUCAAGAAUGAUGGUGUUGGGGCACCUGGGUGGCUCAGUCGGCCAACUUCAGUUCAGGUCAUGAUCUCACAGUUCGUGGGUUCGGGCCCCACGUUGGGCUCUGUGCUGACAGCUCAGAGCCUGGAGCCUGUUUCGGAUUCUAUGUUUCUCUCUCUCUCUCUCUCUCUCUCUCUCUGCCUCUCCCCUGCUCACACUCUGUCUCUCUCUGUCUCUCAAAAAUAAAUUUAAAAAGUUAAAAAAAUUUUUUUAAAAACAAUGAUGGUGUUAAUACAAACUCCUUAUGAUAAGAUCUACAUCCUGAAUGUUGAAAGAAAAAAAUGAUUCUGCUGUACUAUUCUGCAAAUAAGAUUUCCAAAAUGUAUCUCCCAUUUUACUUAAAUAUUUACUUAAUAUUUUCUUGAUGAAAAUGUGGUCAUUUUUAUGGCUAAGUAGUCAGACUCACUCACAGGUAGCAGAGAGUCAUAGAUUUUACAUCAUACCAUUGAAGAGAUUACCGUCUUCAAAUUUCUACCUAAGUGUCAGAAUUCAAGAUCCAAUCCUAGCUGCUAGGAAAGUAGGUUUUACAUUUUCAGAGUUGAGUGUGAGGCACUUUGGGCUUCAGAAGAGGUGUUGGAAAAUUAUUUCAGAGCACUGAGGUCCUCUGCAUGGGGGACCUGGCUCCUUCCCUUCACAUGGUGGAGGGAGAGCUUGGCCUGGGUGCAGUCCAUGAAACCUCAGAGAAAAGCUCACCACAGGCCAGAAGCUAACAAGGAAGGGAGGUUGGUCAUGGACCAGGCCUUUAAAACCACAGGAUCCCUGGGAACAAGUCAUAACUCAGCCACAGUCCACCACAGACCUGCUUGUCUGGGUUGGGUCAUGCCGGCUGAGGAGCUGAUUGGGCUCCGAUGCUGAGAGAGGAGGAACGUGGAUGGAAGACUGGCACCCCCUCCGUAUGUUUGCUUGGAAAGACCAGGGGUCAUCUUGGAUGUUCUCUUCAGCAGCAUUUCAGAGCAGGGAGCCUCCCACCCAGGCUUUUUUUUGCAUUAAUGUCUAUUAAGUGCUACAACUCAGCAACAUCCCUGUUUUUAGACAGUGUACAAAUUCAUCUAGAAAUAUUCUGAGAAUGUUUGUUUUCACUUUUUCUUCAGCCUUCAUAUUUCUAGUGUAGUAGAUAAGAGGGUAUGAGGUAGAGGUGAAGCAGAUGCUCAUGGAGGAAAUUCUAGAGAGAGAACCUGUAAACACUUUACUUGGGAGUCCUGCCAGCAUGCUCACUGGGCCUGGUGAAGGAAGCAGGGCUGGUUCAGAGAUCAAGGGACAGAAGUGAUGGUGAGCAGAACUCAGAGUUGAGAAACAUGCUCAGAAGCCAUUGAAGGCACCGAGGAAAGAGAAUGAGGAUCUUAUUACCAUUACAGGUUUGGGAGACCGAACUCACGAGACCACUAGUACCUCUCCCAAUGAUCCAAAAGAUUCUAAGGUUUCUGUUCCUCAAAUGCAAGAGGUUGGCGGCGUUUGAAAAUUGAAGAAUAUCUUGUAACCUUAUAAGAAUAUCUUAGCCAUAUAGGGGCUUCAUACUGGGUGAAAGAGAGAGAGUUAGGGGGCUUGUUCUGACCCUCCUUCAUCUUCUGACCCUUUUCAGAAAAGCUCUUGUAGGAGAGAGAAAAGAACCAAGGCUUUCACUGGAAGUUAUAACAUUGUGCCCUUGUUGAAAAUCAUUGCUGAGGAGAAGAGGCAUUUACAUGUGAUGCUUCCACACAUCAAGCCUCUCUGUCUCCCAGCUACAUGAUUUCUAUGAACUCAAAUGAGUUGAUUCUUCAGUAUCAGGUCUAGACUGCCUCUCAAGCAGGCUCCACACUCAGCGCAGAGCCUGAUGCAGGGGCUCACCACACUGGGAUCAUGACCUGAGCGGAAAUCAAGAGUCAGGCGCUUAACCGACUAAGCUACCCAGGUGUCCCUUCCUUAUCCCAAUAUUAAGUAAAUAUUUACAUUUUUUUUUUCUUAUUCUCUUCAGGUUUCAGUUUUCACAUUUAAAUCUUCCAUUUAUUUUGGUAUGAGGUAGGGAUCUUUUUUUCUUCCUUCCAGUUAAUUAGCAAUUAGCACAUUGGCCCAACAUCACGUUGAUUAAGCUGAACUGUCCCCACUGAUUUGAUUGCUCACCUCCAAAAUCCUGCUUUCAAACACCCAGCACUCUCAGGUGUCAUACCCGGCCAGACCUCAGCCACUCUGAAUUUGGGCUUCUGUAUUCUCGACAGUCUUGGCCUUGUGUGCGAUGUUCCCUGGCCACCCCUGACAGUGGCCCCGUCUCAGCAGCAUUACCACCUUCUGUGCAGCAAGUUGCACACUUGUUUAACUGCUUUGUUUUAUUUUGCUCCUGUUUGAUAAAAAUUAAUGGAAGAGGGAGAAAAUCAGGGUGUUGGUACUUGUCAUAAAAAAAACAGGCCCUAUAAAUAUAAAACAAAAUAGUAGUCAUUUGGUCUCAAAAACACCUUUCUCCUUAACCAGAUGUUUAUAAGAUGUAAUGUGAUGUGUUCUUUGCUGAAUCAAAGAACAUAGACAUGAUUGUAGAAAUAAGUUGUCUAAGAUUAUCUAAGUAGGAGAGGGAAUCCCUGGUCUGAAAUGUUGCCUGAGGGAUCGUGAAGACAAUGAAAAGCCUGGGCUGAGGAUAUACCUUCUUUGGUGCUCCUAUGAUUUACCUGUGUGUGCAGCAUGUCCCAGAGUGAACCAGGGCUCGAACCUCUCCCUAACAUAUAAAAACAAAACUAGAAACAGUGUAAAAGAGAAAACAUAAAAACUCUAUUUGACUAUUUUUCAUCCCAGGUCCAUGAGUCAGUAACCAGCUGUCUCUUUCAGCCCCUGCACAUAGGCCACCACAAAGUUGACUUGACUUGAGCCACUGAAACCUCUUUACGUCCUUUCUCUUCCCUUCGGUGCCACCACCACGCUGGGCCAGGGGCCUCCCCUUAUACCCGAACCAUGCAGAAGGAGGAGCCUGGAGGAGACAUCACAGCUUUCCCAGAUUGGGAGGAAAAAUAUGGAAUGUGUUUUACCGCUGACUGAACACAACCAAAUGAACUGUACUGACAGUAGUUUGAAAACCAGCAGUUAGCAGUUUGUUCAGGCUCUAACAUUGUCCAGCACUUUCCAGAGCAAACUCACUGUUUACAAGAACUCUCGGCCUUACGACGUUUAUAACCUCAAGCUUUGUUUAUUUAAAAUAUUCCCGCACGAGAAAAGUUCCUGGCGCCCACUUUCCAAAAUGGCCAUGGAUGAGUAUUUGUGGAUGGUCAUUUUGGGUUUUAUCAUAGCUUUUAUCUUGGCAUUUUCCGUUGGUGCAAAUGAUGUUGCCAAUUCAUUUGGUACUGCUGUGGGCUCUGGCGUGGUGACCUUGAGGCAGGCAUGCAUUUUGGCUUCAAUAUUUGAAACCACCGGCUCAGUGUUAUUGGGAGCCAAAGUAGGAGAGACCAUUCGAAAAGGUAUCAUUGAUGUGAACCUAUACAACGAGACAGUAGAAACACUAAUGGCUGGGGAAGUUAGUGCAAUGGUUGGCUCAGCUGUUUGGCAGCUCAUUGCAUCCUUCCUGAGACUUCCAAUCUCAGGAACUCAUUGCAUCGUUGGUUCUACUAUAGGAUUCUCACUUGUUGCAAUUGGUACACAAGGUGUGCAGUGGAUGGAGCUUGUCAAGAUUGUUGCUUCCUGGUUUAUAUCCCCACUGUUGUCUGGUUUCAUGUCUGGCGUGCUGUUUAUACUGAUCAGAAUUUUCAUCUUAAAAAAGGAGGACCCUGUUCCCAAUGGCCUCCGGGCACUUCCAGUGUUCUAUGCUGCUACAAUAGCAAUAAACGUAUUUUCCAUCAUGUACACAGGAGCACCAGUGCUUGGUCUGGUCCUUCCCAUAUGGGCAAUAGCACUCAUCUCCUUUGGUGUUGCACUGCUGUUUGCCCUUUUUGUAUGGCUCUUUGUGUGUCCAUGGAUGCGGAGGAAAAUAGCAGGCAAAUUACAAAAAGAAGCUGCUUUAUCGCGAGUUUCUGACGAAAGCCUCAGUAAAAUUCAGGAAGUGGAGUCCCCAGUAUUUAAAGAGCUACCAGGUGCCAAGGCUAAUGACGACAGCACUGUCCCUCUCACGGGGUCAGCUGGGGAGCCAUCUGGAACCUCUGAAGGCACAUCAGUGGGAAACCACCCCCGGGCCUCCUACGGAAGGGCACUUUCCAUGACUCACGGCUCUGCAAAAUCACCCGUCUCCAAUGGCACCUUCGGCUUUGACGGCCACACGAGGAGUGACGGGCACGUGUACCACACGGUGCACAAAGACUCGGGGCUCUACAAAGACUUGCUGCACAGGAUUCACUCAGACAGGGGCCCCGAGGAGAGGCCCGCACAGGAGAACAGCUACCGAUUUCUGCGGCGAAAUAAUAGUUACACGUGCUACACGGCAGCCAUCUGUGGAAUGCCUGUCCACUCGACCUUCAAAGCUGCUGACUCGUCAUCUGCGCCAGAGGACAGCGAGAAACUGGUGGGGGACGCCGUGUCCUAUUCUAAAAAGAGGCUUCGCUAUGACAGCUACUCAAGCUACUGCAAUGCGGUAGCAGAAGCUGAGAUAGAGGCCGAUGAGGGAGGUGUGGAAAUGAAGCUGGCAUCUGAGCUGACGGAUCCCGACCAGCCCCGAGACGACCCUGCAGAAGAGGAGAAGGAGGAGAAGGACACAGCCGAGGUCCACCUCCUGUUCCAUUUCCUGCAAGUCCUUACUGCCUGUUUUGGAUCCUUUGCUCAUGGUGGCAAUGACGUGAGUAAUGCCAUUGGUCCCCUGGUAGCUUUGUGGCUGAUUUACGAGCAAGGUGCAGUCCUGCAGGAAGCAGUUACCCCCGUCUGGCUGCUGUUUUAUGGAGGAGUUGGAAUUUGUACGGGUCUGUGGGUCUGGGGGAGAAGAGUGAUCCAGACCAUGGGGAAGGACCUCACCCCCAUCACACCAUCGAGCGGCUUCACCAUUGAGCUGGCCUCCGCGUUCACGGUGGUGAUCGCCUCCAACGUCGGACUUCCUGUCAGCACCACACACUGCAAGGUGGGGUCCGUGGUGGCCGUGGGCUGGAUCCGCUCCCGGAAAGCCGUGGACUGGCGCCUCUUCCGGAACAUCUUUGUGGCCUGGUUUGUGACUGUCCCCGUGGCCGGGUUGUUCAGUGCUGCUAUCAUGGCUCUUCUCAUGUACGGGAUUCUUCCAUAUGUGUGAUUUGUCUUCUUCCGCCCAGUACACAAGGGAGGGUCUGGUGUGGGUAUAUGUGGGUGGCGUGUUACACGCACGCUGCCUGCGCACGGGCUGUCUCCCAGCCAGCUUGUCCGUGGCCCUUUCAUAUGGUUCCAAACCACACUGUUCACCUACACUGUAGAGAGUCAUCCUCCAGAGCUAACUUAACUACUGUACAUAAUCAUGUGCAUUAAACUGGUAUCGUGGUGACAUAACGUGGUGCAGUUACUUAAAUAUAUAUUGUAUACAUAGAAUAGAUAGCAUUAUUUCAAACAUACUCGAAAUGGGAGUGGAGAAAUAUUGUCUAGAAUUCAAUAUUCAACAAAUCUUUGUACGGAAUGAUUUCAGUGGCAAAUUUUAAGGACCUUUUAAAAGGAAAGUGUAGAUUGGAAAGUGCUAUUUUUCCCAUUGAAUAUACUGUAAGAUAAGUGUGAAUCGGGUUGGAUGCACAUUUGGGAAGAUGUACGUCCGGGGGUGUGCUCUUGAGUAAUACUGGGGUAGGAGUUCACAAGUGCUUUCACUGAGGAAUUUGUUCAUAUACUGUGUAUUGAUUAUGUAAUAUAUAAUAAUUGCCUCUGUAAAUACUUAAAACGGUAAUUUUUUAAUGGUGUGCUUCCCAUAUACUUUUUUGAUCAGAGAAUUUUGGAAAGUACCAAAGAAGCAGGGGAAUAGUUUGCCAGUAUUAUAUUUUCAUACUGUCUUUCUCCCCUUCCCAUGAAUCCUACUGUUAACCUAGGCUGUAGCGAGACCGCCUCGCCCCGGCCUGCCCCCUAGCAGGGCGGAGGCCGAAGCACCAGCCCCCUGUCACGUGCUCGUUACGCGCAUCCUACUUUCUGUCCCCCGCCCCCACUGCCACCACUCGCUAGUUACUGGUGAGCCCUGCAGUGGCCCGUCGUCGUGGUCGUCGUCGUCGUCAUCGUGUAGAGAAUGUACAUACGUGAGGCUGCCCGAUCAAGCACCACACACCAAGUCCAGUUUAAAUUUUCACCCGUACCCUCCCCUGCAGCCUAAAAAAGCAAAUUCUUAAAACACUAAGGCGAGUGAGUUGACAUUCAGGAGGGGGUAGAGUUGAAAUAUCAGACAAUACACUGGAUUUGAGGAUUUCCUUGAGGCCUUUACUAAGCUGAACAUCUUGAGGCUCUACUGUAGUCCCACUGGGUUCUGUCCUGAAAGCGGGAGGGAGGGAGUGUGAGUGAUGCUGGAGCCUGAAACCGUGGAAAUGCUGCUAAAAUUUUUAUAUUGACAAACGUUUUCUUGGUACUUCAUUGUGAUUUUUCAUUAAUCAACCAUAUUAAAUUUAUAAUAAAAAAUGCCCUUCAAAAGGUU